UCCUUUUCUGAUGAAAUCUCUCCACUUUAGCUCUGCGGCUAGCUCCGACGAGCGAACGAAGCGGGAAUACCAACGCGCCUGAACGCCAAAGUAUUUCUAUUUAACGCUAAUUUAAGGUGAAACCGUUUUUCCCGUCGUGUGGGGAUCACCUAGACUAGUUUUUGGUCUUAGAAACGUUUUUUAGUAUUUCUGAAAAGCGCGGCGGUCGGGCUCGAAUGAGACGACACAAGACUGACAGUUGAGGAACAUACACUUCUUCUCUCGGACGACAAAAUGGCUUUUGCUUUGAACUUUACCCUGGAAUAUACUGGUCUACAUUGCUCUCAUACGGCUUCGAAACACCUUUCCUGCACUUCUGUCGUCUCUACAAUUCCCUCAAGCCGAAAUAAGUUGUGUUAUUUUCCUCAGAACGACACAGUUGGCGUUAAUACUGCGCUCAAUAUGGACGCUGACGGUACUCGCUGGCGCCGGGUCGGACUCACCGCGCAAUAAUCGGCAUGUACCGUUUCAUGUAUCCAGAAGAGUAUUAAAUAGUAACUCAUGGAGGCUGCCAAGGGCUGAACUCAAUGAAAAAUGAACCGUUUUGCUUUUCUCGUAGCUAACAUUUAGCCUAACACAAAUUUGUGUUUAAUAUUAGCCUAGUUUACAACUAGCUGCGUUAGCCAGCUCAGUCUUAUUACGCGGUCACUAAUUUGUGUUUGACAGUUGCUAAAAGGAGUAGAUCGCUUGUUAAUAUUAUAUUUCUAUUAAGUUCAUCUAGUCGUAGUCAUUUUAAGGAAAUCACAUGUUCGGAAGUAUGAGCACACAUGGGCACUUUUCUAAAGAGGACACGCGGUCCGUGCGUGACAGGAGUCAUGACAGCUCGUGGAUCAGCGUGUUUUCUCUGGUCUCCAGGCCCGCGUGGUCUUUCCUGCAGAAAUACUUACCGGGAAGAUCCCAGCCUGCCUUUGAUAUGAAGUCGAAUUUGGAUAUGGGAAGCUCGCUAGUUGGGGUUUUGGGCGACCCCUCUCUGAAAGUUGCAUACCUCAACUGCCAGCAUGAAAACGCGGUGUGCGCGUCUCCCGGAGACCCGGGGUCUCUGGCCUGGUUGACUCAUGGUUCACUGAGCCAACUCGGAAUCCAGGACGCGGUACAGAAGGAUUUCAACGUGCAAAGGCAGGUAUCAGUCGGAUACCUCGGAACGGCGAGAAAUUUUCUCAGCCAGUUGUUGAUGAACGCGUCCACCACGCAAGAAAAACGACUGAAGGGGGCCGAGCGACGCAAACCGGAAGUCGUUUGUUGCGCCGACACGGCGACCGCGCGCUCUGCCAACAGCCGGCGGUGGGGUGGAUCUUUGGGAGCUGACGAUAGCCCGCAGAACGGGCUGCUUAUUGUAUCGCAAACCACAAACGAGACUGGUGCAAACUUGCAGCAUUGUGGAGAACACCACAGUGUUGCCUAUUGUCAGAGUCGCUCUCAUGCUGCCAUCGCCAUGACGACUGUACUUUGUGUGUGUAGGGAUGAUAGAGCAUCAAUGAACAACGAAAGCGCUGGACCCUCGUGCUCCAAAGAGCUGGUCCACAAUGCAGGCCUACACACGGAAUCCCUUAAAAAUUCAUACCAGCUUCCCUUAGGAGAUGAUGAGCAGCAAAGUGUAUUUCAACCUCUAGUUUGUAAUAGAACCUACAGUGAGGUGGCAGUUCUGACCCCAGAUCAGGAUAAUGGCUACUCAAGCUUGGAAGAAGAACAGUCAAAUAGUAAGCUUCGUAAUAUGAGGCUGCUUUCUGAGGAGCAAGAGGUGUCAGAAACAGAUGGACAUGUUGCCUCCGGGGAUAGCUCUUCACACAGUAACACUACAGGGAAUGAAUCUGUGGAACACUCUCAUACUGAGUCUGGCGACUGCCAGGACGAAAUUCAGCAACAGGAUAAAGAUUCUGAGUCUGAGACUGACAAGACGUCCGAGGGAUCAUCUCAUGUGUCUCCAACACCUGAAGACCAACUCGUUUUGCCCAAUCCUCGCUGUCAAAACAAGAGCAUCGCCUAUAUCAUGGGCAGCCCUUGCAGUGAUGAAUCUGAAUCUGAGGAUGAUAGCGAUUGGGACAGUAAUGAUGAUGAUGGGUUUGACAGUGAAGGUUCAUCCCACCCUUCAGAGUCUGAAGACAGCAGUGACUGUGAAUCAAAUACGGAUGAAGAGGAUGCCAAUUCUGAGACGGAGAGACUGUGGAAUUCUCUGUGCCAAAAUGAGGACCCUUACAACCCUAGGAAUUUUACAGCUCCGAUGAGGUCGGCCUCCAAGCCAAACCCUGCUACAGAAUCCCCGGUCUCGGAAUCCACACCGGCGCAUAUGUCCUCCCAUCUUUCACCUUCUACUUUGUCACCCUCGCUUUCUGAGAAUGACUCGAGCGAAGAUGCUUGUGAGGUGGAUGAGGAAGAGAAUCUAAAACUGUGGAACUCCUUUAGUUGCUCAGCAGACCCCUACAGUCCCCUCAACUUUCAGGCCCCAAUAAAGACUCAGAAGCUUCGUAAAUCUUGUCAAAAGAAGACAACGCCUGGAACACCAAACUACAAAAGAGAGGAGGCAGAAGAGAGGCUGGACAGUGGAUUUUCAGAGAUUUCCUCUGGGCCAUGCUCGAGGGGUGUCAUGGGUGUUCAGCUGAAAAAGGUGCAAUUUGUGGAAGAGGUGGAGGAAUUCUAUGCCAGCAGUGAUGAGGACCGCCAUGGCCCCUGGGAGGAAAUUGCCCGGGACCGUUGUCGUUUUCAGCGCCGUGUGCAGGAAGUUGAAGAGACUAUCAGCUAUUGCCUUUCUCCAACGUUUCGCUUGGUCGUUUUUCAGAGACUAUUCGAUGCCUGUUAAUUAAAAGCCUUCUUUGUUGUUUGACAAUAAAUGUUAACAAUGGAUAAGGAAGAAUAUAUCAAUAGCUUAAUUCAGGGCAUCAGGGAAGCCCUUAAAUGUUUCAAGGGCUCACACGUCACAAAUUCAAGGAACUCGGAGGUUCUUUACUUCACUUAAAUGGCUUAAGGUCCAUGUGUUUUGUGCUGAACUGUUGAGUGGAUUUUGGAAUUAUGCAUUUUGUUUUAUUUUUUUUAAUUCCUCACGAGUCACACUGUCCUUUCAACCCCUAAAUACAUUAAUUUCAUUUUAAGGUAAAAAGAAACUAAAGGAUUCCCAUUAAGUGCAAAAGAAAACCAAGUUUUAAUUAACUGUUUGACUUAUUAGAUAAUUAUUUUAUGAUGUACAGAAAAAUGCACUCACCUGCACUCAACAUCACCUGUAUGUGGGAAGCUACAUUUCUGUUAAUAUAAUUUUAGAAUGGUGUUAUUGGAAAAAAAUUGGGGGAAAAGUUAAAGUAACCCUUUAUAAGUGUGAGCUUGCAUUUUCUGUUGUUUUCAUCUAGCAGGUCUCUUUACAAACCCCUUGUGUUGUAACCUCAAAGCCAAAGAUAACAUAUGUCUGCUCUGGAGAAGAUGAUUAAGCCAGGCCUCAGUAUUUGAACUACAGGGGCGUGUCGAUCCCCCAGUGAGACAACACUCUUUACCCACAUUGAAUCUAGUGGUAUUUUGCCAGAGCUGAGCAAUGCUUCAGUAUCUGUUCUUGUGUUAGAGUGAAGAUAUAUGGAUGUGGACCUUAGUGCAAUGUGUUCGCAUGAUCCUAUAUGGAAAGACUGUCUUUUCUCUAUGACUAGAUAUUGGACAACCAUUUUAUUUAAUAUGUGGGAUUCACUGUUGCGUAACGGGGUAUUUUCUCCGUGCUUUGAACUGUUGCAGCUGUGACAUACAGUAAAAUCUUGACUCUAAGGGUGAAAUGCAGGGACAAAAUGCAUGUUUUUGAUCUGAACUACAUAACAUGCUUGAUGUUGAAGCAUAAAGGUUAUUUGUUAAGUACUAUAAUUAACAAAGGCAUUUUAUUUUUGUAAUACAUUUUAGCAGUUAAGCAUCUUGGGUUUGUGACAGAAAUACUAGUCCUGAUUAACGUUAAUUAAAAAGUAAUGCAAGAAAUUUGA